AAUAUGAGUUACAUGGUGUUGAAGUAUGGAAAUGAAGCUAUGUUGGUUCGUUAGGAACAUUGACUGCUUGCACAAAUAGGAAGUGAUAGCUCAGUGGUUAAGGUGUUGGUUUACCGAUCAGCAGGUCCACACAAGAUUGCGGGUUCUAGAGUCUAGUUCAUUGGUGAGCAGUGGAACCAAAGAAUCUUCUUCAUUGAACACAGACACUGGACAGUUUUCUACAUCUGACGAACAUGACAGUGGAGAAUCAUCUUCACCUGUUAAUUCAAAUGUGAACGUCAUGAUGCAGAAGAAGAAAACGGAUGGUGGCCAGGCAGCGGUACAAUGUCUGUUUCGCGGCUGUACAACGUCUUUUCAGUGGCCGGGCGGCUGUACAAUGUCUGUUUCGCAGCCGGGCGGCGGUACAACAUCCGUUUCAUGGCCAGGCGGCAGUACGACAUCCUUUUCGCGGGCAGGUGGCACUACAAUGUCCGUUUUGCGGCCAGGCGGCGGUACAGCGUCCUUUUUUCGCAGCCUGGUGGCGGUACCACGUCCCUUUUGCGGCCCUGGAGCGGAGCACUUGAGGAUACACUGGAGCGGGGCGGAACGCUCGAGGGUACAUUGGAGCUGAGCGGCACCCUCAGCGGAACACUGGAGCGAAGAGGCGUGCUCGGAGGAACACUGGAGCGAAGAGGCGCACUCGGAGGAACACUGGAGCGGUUGCAUUAUCCCGAGCCAGCGAGCAUGAUCCGCGAGAAGCGGCAGGGAGCUUCCGGGUGAAAUCCGGUGCUGAAUUGGGUUGGCGAUCCACUGCGAUUAAAUGCAUGGGCGGAGAAUAACACCGCUCAUAUCCGUGCCACUAUAUAGUCCUCUCCAGGGUGAAAGACCGAUUGCACAUCACCCAGACUGAUCACCAUGAGUUCAACUCAAGGCACAGAUUUAAAAGCCAGACUUCUUCGGCAAGAAUGCCAUUUCACCUGGGCUCUGAAUAAAAAUGAUGUAGAUCUCAAUGACCUUCUGAACAGAUUAGAAGAACAACUAAGCCUGGAUCUUGGAAAGGAGGCAGGAGCUGCACGUACACACAGCUGUAUGGGAUUUGUGAAGUUUCUACAAGGCUCCAAUACUGAGGCUCUCAGCAACUUUGAGAAAUCUGUAGAACUCAUUAAGGCUCAUAGAAAUGACUCUGAUAAGCUGCUUGUUGUUGCUUAUGGAGACCUUGCAUGGUUAUACUAUUAUAUGGGUAAUUUUGCAGAGUGUGAAAUGUACCUGAAUAAGCUGAGGGAGAUUAAAGAGAAAUAUCCAUCUGUCCCAUAUGCUGAAGUGCUUGGAGAGAAAGGAUGGACAUUGCUUAAGUUUUCACACAAAUAUUAUGAAAGGGCAAAAGAGUGCUUUAAAAAGGCCCUGGAGCUGGAACCUGAGAAUGCUGAAUGGAAUUCCGGCCUUGCCAUUGCUCUGUAUCGGACAGAGUUUGUGGACCAAGGAUGUGCACCAGAAACUUCAGAUGCUGUUAAUCAACUUAGGCGAGCUAUAGCUACUAACCCAGAUGAUGAUGUUCUUAAAGUUCUGCUUGCUCUGAGAUUGGCUCUUUUCAAGAAGUACAGUGAGGCAGAGAGCCUAGUAGAGCAAGCCUUAGAGAGGUCUCCAGAACACCCACAUGUGAUUCGCUAUGUUGGAAUGUAUUUACGGAAUGCAGGAUCUGUGGACAGGUCCAUUGCCCUUCUAAAUAGAGCAUUAGAGAAAGUGUCAAACAAAGCUUUUAUACACCAUCAGCUGGGGCUCUGCUAUAAACAAAAGAUUAUGAAGCUGAAGCAGGCAGGAAGCCACCACACAAAAGGAGCUGAAAUUAAACGAGCUCAAGAGCAAUGCAUCUACCAUUUGGAGAUGGCAAUCGGACUAAAAACCGGCUUCAUUCUAGCCAUGGCUGAAUUGGCCUUUCAAUAUGGGUUUAAUCAGGAUAUAUCAAGAGCAGAAGAAAUGUUCCAGAAUGCAUUUCAAGCAGCCAAAGAGAAAAAAGACAACUACCAGACUGUUCAAGUGUUUUAUGCAGAAUUUCAGCAGUACGUUAUGAGAUGUGAGCCCGAUGCCAUCAAACAUUACAUUGAAUGUCUAAAGAUAAAUCCAAAUCAAUUUGAAGGGAAAAAAAGUGCUAAAAGUCUGAGAAAGAUUGCAGAGAGAAGAAUUGGGAACAACCCAAAUGAUGGAGAGGCAUUUGGAAUACUUGGAAUCAUUCAUAAGGAACGAGGAGAAAAACAACAAGCCAUAGAGUGCUUUGAGAAAGCGCUGACCUAUGUAGAUAAUGAGGAGUACCUCAGUGAUCUUUGUGAGCUUAGGCUUUCUCUACAGUAAUAUUAGCAAUAUGAAGUAUGAUACACAGCCAAAUAUCUAUAUACUCAUUUAUUAUUCAUGAUAUUUAAUGUUAACAGUGUAGCAUCUGUAAUCUUAUUUUCAAUGUGUGGAUGUACCAAACACAGCAAUUUGUCAAGAUGUACAUGGACACACUCUCAGUGCACUCUCGCGCCUUAAUACAAGUCAGUUUUACAACACUAAAUGUGUUAAGAGUGGAAAACACACUGACAUGAUUACUGAGGAGAUUAAAGAAGCAGGAAGCUUUGUCUGUGCUAAGGCAGUAAGCAGGAUAAAAAAAUAGAGAUUAAUACGAAUUAGAAAAGCAGCAGAAUCCAGAUUAAUAAUAAGUUUUUUGUUGUUUGUCUUUAUAAGUGAAUGUAAUUUACUAAAUCCUCACACUGCUGAUCUCAAAAUCUUAAUUUUUUUCAAAACUGUGAAUAUAUUUUGCACAUUUAUGAAGGCUGCAUAUUAAGCAAUUAUGUUCUUCUGCAACCAAAUGAAAAUAAAAUUUGUUUAAAUCAUGUGAAUAAGUUUCGUUAUAUUUAAAUAUAUUUUAAAUACUCAAAGCAUGUUUAUGGUUCAGGUUGUAUAUGGAGAGAUGAAAUGUGAAAGUGUAAAAUGGAUUUCAUUCAGACUUUCCUUAAAACUUUCACACGUGAACACACACACAUCGUGGUGUUGUAAAUUUUGAAAAAUAAUUUCACUUUAAAUUCUUUAGUGUCAUUUGUAAACUGAAAUCAAAAAGAUUAUAAUAAUUUGGUAAUAGUCUCAAACAUUCCUUUCUGACAAUCCAGAAAUGUCAAAGUGUAAAAAAUAGGUUUGUAAAGUAUUGAUCAGAACACACACUUCUGUAUGUAUCUUUACUGAAGUCCACAUUUGAGGAUGGAUAUGUAGAAAAACCUAAUUGGCAGCGGUGGGAUUCGAACCCACGCCCCCAAAGAGCCUGCAGUCUUAAUGCUGCGCCUUAGACUGCUCGGCCACGCUACCACACACGUCACCCACUGUAAAAUCUAGAUAAUAAUAAACAAACUAUAUAACACUAUAUAACUAUAUAUACAUAUACAUAUAUAUAUAUAUAUAUAUAUAUAUAAAUACAUAUAUAUUAGCGAUUUGUGGUGUUUCCACUCAAUAAACUUCAAACUCGCCGUUUUCAUUGUAAAUAUGCUGUUUGUCUUUAACUACACGCCCAUGCAGAAGUGUGUAGAGCUCACAAAAGAGAGCAGGCUGGAUGACUGUGACAAGUGGCUCAUA